GGUUGUUUGGGUACUUACAAAAAUUAUGAUUUCGUCAAGUUCUAGUAAUAGAUACGGUUCAACCGUUUCGACAGAUACAUGGUCAUCAUGGUAUUUCACCGAUAACGGCAUUGGAACGUCAAUUGAUAAUGACACAAGCACUGAAUAUUCAAACCACGAAAAUUUUGAAAGGCAAGUUUGUGAUUUACAAAUAUUAAGACAAAAAUUGCUCGAGGAAGAAAAUAGGAAAAAAAUGAUUUUAAAAAAAGUUGAUUGUGAAGGAAAGUUUAACCAAGAAAGAAUAGAAGCUGAGAAAAAUAUUUUGUCAUCCACACUUAAAACAAGACUUCUUUUGACAGCCUUUAAAGAAAAAUACGAGUUGCAAAGAAAAACAAAUUACUUUAACAUUGGUUCGGUUUCUAUUUCCGACAUAAAACUGCAUUACAACAAAACACAAUAUUCAAAAAAAUUCAAACACUAUUUUUUAUGUACGUUGACUAGUGGUAGUAAAUUAUUUUUAAGUCAAAUUGUACAAGCAGAGGCCGAUGGUGUUGUAAAUUUCAACAUAAAUCAUACGUUUCUUAAUUUACCGGUUGAUUUUGAGAUCGGAGUUAAAAUCUAUAUUUUACGAGUUCGGAAAAAGACAAUGAAAGAUAAAUUUCUAUGUUGGUCAAAGAGCAGUGUUGAUGAAGAAGAAAACAACGUUCGACGUGAAUCAUUGUUCAAAUUUUGGAAAGAUGCAACGGUUAAAAUAUCGAAUGUUAAUGAAACGAAUGAAAAGUUCUUAGACUUGUUUAACUCAAAAUUGUGUAAAUUAGUGUUUGAUGUAAAGGCUGAAGUCAACACUUCGGGUUUUUUGUAUUCGGGAUGGUUAGAUGUAAGUCAGAAUGGAUUGUUUUGGAACCAGAGAUGGUGUGUUUUGCAAGGAACUUUGUUGAAGUGUUUCAACUAUCCAGUGGAUCAUAAUUAUCAUAAUCCAAUUACUAUAAUCGAUUUAAAAUCUUGUGUUACUGUCAGAAAUCCAGAAAUUUAUGAGGUUUCCAGAAAUAGGGUUUUAGUUCUAGAAAUGGACGACAAAUCUCAUCCUUUUGUUUAUUAUUUAUCAACAUAUUCAAUGCAUGAAUUCAAUCAAUGGAAAUGUCUUGAAAAAUUAGUGACGACAUUACAACGUUGGACAAAGUAUAAUAGUGUAGUUAUAUAA